UGGUACGGUGCGCCUGGCUUGCACUCCUCUAUUGCGCCGCGCUUCGCGUUUUUCUAGCAGACGCUAGACACGCGCAUAAAAGUUAAAAUAUUCAGGCAGCCAAUCAAAUCAAGCAAGAAUGGGUUUUACUACUUUAACACUUUCUUCCUGUUGCUUGAGCAGCCAGGUGAAUCUCUCUGGAGGACGGACUCCGGCAGGUUCUGCAGGAGAUGGAAGCUCUUUAUGAACAGAACCAGACUGACGUUAACGAGGCGAAGGCUGAAGGUCGAGCUGAGUUGAUUCCCUCCAUUAAACUGCGUCACUGCUGCCUGCUGAGGAACCAGCGCUGCCUCACCGCCUACCUCUACGACCGCCUGCUGAGGAUCCGAGCUCUGCGCUGGGAGUACGGCAGCGUGCUGCCCGCUAACGUCCGCUUCCACAUGUGUGCAGAGGAGGUGCAGUGGUUCAGUCAGUAUAAAAAGUCUCUGGCGUCCUUCAUGCGUUCUCUGGGGGGCGGCGAGGGUCUGGACAUCACUCAGGACAUGAAGCCUCCGAAGAGUCUUUACAUCGAGGUGAGGUGUUUAAAGGACCACGGCGAGUUUGAGAUCGAUGAUGGAACCGUGAUCCUGCUGAAGAAGAACAGUCAGCACUUCCUGCCGCGGUGGAAAUGUGAGCAGCUGAUUCGUCAGGGCGUCUUGGAGCACGUCAUGUCCUGAUGUCGUCGGAGGAGGGAUUCAUCUGAUCAGUCGGGCAAAAUGUUUGAUUUGAACAGCAGACGAAUAUUUAAAAUGACAGACGUGUCAUGAGGUCAUUAUUCCCGAUGUCCCUGAACACAACAAACAGUUCUGAUAAAUAAAAUAUUUCUUUUUCUAAAUGUUCUGGCUCCAUUUCAGUCAGUCGAUAAAGUUUUUCUUCACGAGUCUGUAGGCGAAGAGCUGAACACCUGCCUGUAAACUUUAUUCACUUCAGAACAAAUUAAAUACUUUUCCAAAA